AUGGUGCUGGAAGGUUCCACCAAGAUCGUUGAGAUGACGCUAGCCCUUGGCCCCCCCAGCAGAUUCCAGCACCCACAGGCUAGAGCAACCUCUCUUCAAACGAUCCGUGAUCUGCUCAACGCCAGACCUCCAUUUCUGUACCACCACUGUAAAGUCUCCAGCCACACCACGUCAAUCACAGUACAGCGCAGCGAGAAGCGGGCGUGGAACGCACCGCCAGACGUUGACACACACCCUCCACACCCGUCAAGCCACAUUCAAUUCUGA